AUGUCUUAAAACAAAGAUAAAAUUUUGCACAAAAGGCAGAGAACUACCUCUGGAGCAUCAGUUGACUCUUUCAAAAAGCAAAUAGCCAAGUAAAAUGACAUGAUUGAGGAUCAGGAAACUACUAAUACUAAUAGGAAAAUUCAUACAAAUAAUGGCAGCAAUGAUGAAAUCAAGCAUUCAUUAUUAUUUGAGCCUUAUAGAGCAUUUGGCUAUUAUACUUCAGACAUCCCAUUUUGUAUUUUCAAAAGUGACUAAGAUAUUUUAUUGGCUACCAGCGUUGGGGGACACGCUUUUUAUGUCUAUAACACUACUAAAUUGAAUUUAGUAUAUAUGUCAAGAUUCAUUGAGAAUGAAAUUUUGUAUAUUGAAGCCUCCCAAGAUGGUUAUAUAUAUACUGCUCUUGAUAAUUAAGUAAUUGUAUAAUGGAAGAAAAUGCAUAAGACAAAUCAAUAUAUAGGUCAUCAAAGCUAAAUUAUCAAAUUUAUUAUUGUGGCUGAUUUUAUUUUUUCCCUUGGCUAAGAUGGAGAGUUUAUUAUAUUCAAUAUUAGAGCAGGCAGUAUGGUUAAAAGAACAAAGUUUGCUUUAAAUUUCAAUAUUAUGAUGCAUCCAACCUCAUAUAUCAAUAAAAUGCUUUUUGCUAGUGACAAUAAGAUGGAGCUAUGGAAUGUGAUAGACAAUGAGAGAGUAUACGAGUAUAAAAAUAUCUUAGCUGAGAGAUAAAAUGUAAAAAUUACUUAGAUUAUCUAAUCACCUGUCCUUCACACUGUGGCUGUUGGUUUUUCAGACGGAGAGAUUAGACUAGUAAAUCUUCUUUAUGAUCAAGUCUUAUUCAAGUUCUAAUAAACUGAUGGUGGUAUUAACUGCUUAUCAUUUUCAUCCGACACAUCACUUGGUUUAAGUUUGAUGGCAAGUACAAGCAAGAAUUAGAACGGUGAUCAAAACAUCGUUUUCUGGGAUUUAAAUAAGUAGAAAAUCUAUUCAAUACUCUAGCUCCCUCAUAAUGGAAGAUAAAUUUCUCAUCUUUAAUUCAUGCCUAAUGAGCCUAUAUUAAUAAGCUCUUCAGAUGACGAUAAUUCAUUAAAGAUGUGGUUCUUUGAAAAGGGAAUUACCUAGCCAAGAUUGCUUAAAGAAAGAUGUGGGCAUGCUGAGACUCCUCAUAGAAUAAGAUUCUACGGUGGAAAAGAUGAUCCAGUUAAUCAAGGAGCCAGAAAUAUCAUUUCAUGCUCUGCUGAUGGAUAAUUAAGAGAUAUUAGUUUGUUAAAUGAAUUCCAGAGCAUGAACUUUUCAAAGAAGAAUCUCACCAAAUCUGAUUUAAAUAGAGAUUAAGGUGAUGAAGGCUUUGGAGCUGUUACAUAGUUUGAUUUCUGUGAAUUUAGAGAAAGAGAUUGGUAGAAUGUGCUAACUUGCUAAAAUAAAUCCAAAGUGCCUUUCCUAUGGUCUUAUGUCAAUCAUUCAAUCUCUAAGGUAGCAGUUGAAAACGUAGUCUUUAAAAGUAGAACUUCAGCAGUAGCCGUCAGUUAAUGCGGAAACUUUGGAUUACUUGGCUAUGAAAAUGGCUAACUUUAAAAAAUUAACAUUUAAAGUGGUAAAGAUAGAGGUCUCUUCAUCUCAAAAUUAGCUUCUUAAACCAUUCACACAGGAGAAAUUACUGGAGUAGGUAUUGACUCACUAAAUAAGAUUUGUGUGACCUCAUCUUAAGAUUCCUCUAUCAAACUUUGGGAUUUCUUCAGAAAAGAAUUGCUUAAAACCUUAAAGACGGAAUAUCCAGUUGAGAAUUUAGUUUACAAUAGAUUAAAUGAUCUUGUCUGCUUUUCUUAAACAGAUAUGUCCCUAACAAUACUAAAUGCUUAGUCAGGAUUGAGUAAAGUUAGAGAAUUCAAAGAAGCAGCUUCAAAUAAAAUUACUGAUAUUUGCUUCUCACUUCCUGAUUCAAAGUGGAUAAUCUGCUCAUCAUUAGAUAAAUAGAUUAGAGUUUGGGAUAUAUUGACAGGUCAGAUGGUUGAUUGGGUUUAAUUUAAGAAUGCCCCACUAUCAAUCGAUUUCGCACCCUCAGGUGAAUUCUUAGCAACUACUCAUAUAGGCUCUAAAGCUGUUUACCUUUGGUCUAAUAGACAAUAUUUCUAAAACUUGGUAAUCUAAAAUGUUGCUAAGGAACCAACUAUGAUAGAUCUCCCAACUCUCUCAGAGACUGAAAAUGUCAAGUAUUCACACAAAGAUUUCUAUUCCAUUGAAGAGGAAUAAAAAUAAGUCCAAGAUAAAAACGAUAAGACCUUAGUUCAACAAAAGUUUUAAGAAUUAGAUGAAAUUCACAAUUAGAAUUUGAAAUCUAGAUCAAAAUAUGUCAAACUAUCUAAUUAGCCAUACUCUAAAUGGUAGGCUAUCUAUAAUCUAGAGCAAAUCAAAGAGAGAAAUAAGCCACUUUUACCUAAAAAGGAACUGCCAAAAGCUCCUUUCUUCUUGUUUGAUAUUGAGAAAGUGCUAUUAGAAAAUGAUGCCACACCUGACUUGCUGAAGGAAUAACUAUUUUCAAAGAAUAAGAAAUAAGAUCAAUAAUAGGAUAAAAAGCAAAGUGCAGAAAACAAACUAAAAACAGCUUUAAAUAACAAACCUCAAAAAUGGAUUGAAGUAACUGACUUGCUUAAAUCUUUAUCACCUAGUGGAAUCGAAUUAGAGUUCAUAAGUCUCUCAAAUUUUGAUUUUGAAAACAAAAAUUCUAACCCCAAUCAUAACAUCAGCUUAAUGCUUGACUAUUUCAUAAGCUAAGUCAAGAUGAAGGUAGAGAGUGACUUUAUUCAAUCACUUAUUAACUGUUUCCUGAAAGCACAUUACGACAUUAUAAUGGAAGAUGAGGACUUAAUGACUAAGGUUCAGGCAAUAAUGAGCGAGACAGAGAGAAAUUAUCAAGAGCUUGAAGAUCUCAUAAACCAUAAUAUUUGCAUGAUCUCUCAUUUUACAGGAAUUCAAAUGAGCUGA